AUAAGCCGCCGACGCCUCCGAAAAAAAUCGUUCCGCUUCGUUGUCUGCACACAACUCUAAUAAACAUUUAUUUUAUUUUAGAAAAAUAGAAAAUGCAUAAUCUUUUUAAAAACAAUACAAAUUAUCAGCAACGUCACGUAAUUUCUACCAUUUUCUAAACGGCCGAUAUAAAAGUGCAAACCCAAUUCGGAAGAUAUUGCGGAGUUUUUGUUAGUUGCAAUUGUUUUACUUAGUUUCUGUUUCGUGUGGUGUGUGAGUGAAGUCUGUUGUCUUGUGUGGAUAAAUACUCUUGAAUAGAAAAGGAGUGGGAAAGGGGUAGACGAAGCGACGUUUUAAUAGACGUCGUCAGUAAUAACAAGAAGAAAACAAGGAAAAACGUUGCUGCUGCUACAGUUCCAAAAGCCGUCUAUUGUCAUAUCUUGUAUCUGCUGCCGCUGUUGUUGUUGUUUUUGUUGUGUGUGAGACAACAACGGGACGACGUCAGCUCUGCUCUGCCAACAAACAAAACAAAAAGGAAAUUCGUGUUCAAGUGGACUUCUUUGCAUGCAAAGGAGGAGUAUUUAGCCGAUUGUGUGACCGGUACACAUUCACAUUUUUCCUUUGCGCUAUAUUGUUGCUUUCAUUCAUUCUUGUUGCUGCCGCUUCUUUGCUGCAUUGUUGUCUACGGCCGACUUCAUCAUGGUCGACAAUAUAUCGUCCAUGAUCAAUCACAAUGUCCUGGAGGUUAUAUUUUCAUAUUUGGAUUUAGCUGAUAUACGGAAUUGUGCCCUCGUCUGCCGCAGUUGGAAACACUUUCUGGACGAUGAAAACAGCGAUGUUUGGCGUUCACAUUGUAUUCGAAAGUUGCCCGAAGAAGCCUUGAAAUCCGAUCUAAUGUCAUCGGUGCCCACAUACAAAAUGAAACUGCGGGCAUACUAUCACGCAUGGAAUCCAAAUGAUUGUUCACGAAAUGUAUAUAUUAAACCAAAUGGUUUUACGUUACACAGAAAUCCCGUUGCUCAAAGUACCGAUGCAGCGAGGGGUAAACAAGGUUUUCGUCAAGGACGUCACACCUGGGAAGUGAUAUGGGAGGGACCAUUGGGCACGGUAGCUGUCGUCGGUAUAUCAACAAAAGAAGCAGCAUUACAAUGCCAUGGUUAUGUGGCCUUAUUAGGAUCGGACGAUCAAAGUUGGGGUUGGAAUUUAGUUGAAAAUCAUUUGCUACAUAAUGGAGAUGUACAAGGCAGUUAUCCGCUAUUAAAUAAUGCACCCAAAUAUCAGGUGGGUGAAAGAAUACGUGUAAUAUUAGACUGCGAUGAAAACACAUUAUCGUUUGAAAAAAAUUAUGAAUUUUUAGGCGUUGCAUUUAGAGGACUACCGGGUAAAAAACUAUACCCCACGGUAUCAGCGGUUUAUGGCAAUACGGAGGUCUCUAUGGUUUACCUAGGGCCACCAUUAGAUGGUUAAACAUUAUUGAUUUUUUGUUUAGUUAUUAAGUUUAUAAAGCAAUUUUUUAAACAAAAGUAAAAAAAAACAACAAACAAACAUUCUAUCUGAAAGAAAAAGAAAUCCAACGGCAAAAUUAAAUAAAAAUCCGACACAAGUUCCCAAGAAAAAAAAAAAAACUAUACACAAUUACAAUUUAGGCAUGCAAAAAAGACAAAUUGGACAAGAUCGGUUUUUGGGACACCCAAAUCGCUAAUUUUUCUCCCCUCUCUCCCUCCAACACAGAGUAUACAGUGAAAAGAAAAACCCCCGACAAAAAAAAACAAAAUUAUUUUUAAGUGUAUAAUGAAAGGCCUUGUACUCGUCACUGUUAUUUUUUUAUAUCACACACAGACACACACACAGACUCACCCAUUUUUAUAUGAUGAACUUGUCGUACUGAUAACUUUAUAAACAAAAAAUUAUAAAAAGAAAACAAAAAGGAAAUAAAACAUAAAAAAAUCGUCCUUAGAGCAUUCUCAAAACAAUGUAAUUGCAAUAUGUAUUUAGUAUAUGAAUAAGUUGUUUACCCUAUUUCGUUUAUCCAAGUGUAGAUUUAAUUCGUUUUGUAUUGUUCAUUUGUCGUUUGUGUGGUAAGAGAGGAAAAAAACAAACAAACAAACAAAACAAAGAUGCUUUACUAAGUUAUGUACGUAUGUUAUUCCAACUCCCACCCCUUACUUUUUCUUCUCCAGCUACCACUUCCACAAAUGAAUAGAUUAUGUUAUGUUUAAUUUGUUUAAUCGCCUUGUCUUCGUUUUCCCCGUAUUUUCUUCUAUUAUUGUGAAGGUGCUAGUCUUGCUUAAGUUGUAUUUUUAUUGAAACUAGUUUUCAUUUGUAACGGAAAUAAUAAAUAAUUGUAUAAAAGAAAAACAACCAACAUAACACACACCCACAUCAAGUUAGCCUGCAAUAAAAUAACAACAAUUAAUAAUAAUAAAACAAACUAAUGCAUUCAGUGUAAUAUAAGCGAUUAAUACAGACAAAAAUAAAAAAAGAUGAACACCCGACAGAAUCUCGAAAAAAAACAACAACAAAAUAAUAUGAAUGGAAAAAUGUA